UUCUUUUUUCCGCGGGAUUGUUUAUUUUUUACAAAUCGUCUUUUCUCGAAUACCGCUUUUCUCAAAGGUAUAACAGCUACAGAUAUUAUGACACUAAUGAAUAUAUAUAUAUAUAUACUAACAUAGUAUAUACACACCAAGUUUUCAUAUCGAGAUUAUGUAAUAAUAUGCGUGUAUUUGGAACCUUUGUUUACCACAUUUGGUGGUUUAUGACAUCUAAGUAAAGUUAGAUUGUUUCUUACUCAUCUGAUGUUCUCUAACGUUAAAAUUCGCAAGCAAAACAGAGACGAAACAUAGGUGCGGGAGCAUGCUACGCUGAACAAACUGGAGGGUUUGGUAUAAUGGUGAUUUCGGGCCACUAUCAAAAAAAUAUAUGGCAGAUUUGAGAAAAUUUCGUCACGGUAUUAUGGGACCAUCAACGAGAAAAAUAGUAAUUUCUAUUAUGUUUGGAUUGAUUUUCUAUAUAGUUGCAACAAAUAUGUUGUGCCCAAGAAACAUCGAAGCAAAAAGUCUUGGUGCAGAAGAAUGUGUGGAGUGGAUGUCUUCAUCAGAAAUCCUUGAUAACAAUAACCUUCAGCAUCCUCAAAUAAAGCUAAAUUCUGAAAGAUUUCUUCUUCCAUUGCUUUACAACGGCCCCACUAACCAGAUCUGGGGAUUGAGACAAGCAGCAUACGUGGCAAUUCUAUUGAAUCGAACGUUGGUAUUACCAUUAUUCCACAAGCACAUACUUGAUGAAUCUGGCCCGGGAACCAUCAUUGACGCUAGUCACAGAUUUCAGGUCGACUCACUGUCAAGGCUGAUGUCUGUAGUGACUGUAGAUAAAUAUCACCAACACUGUGGAAAGAAUGUAGAUGUUGUACUCCAAGCAACUACUCCAAGAGACUGGACUGUUGAAAGUCUGAAACAGGCUGAAAAGGAAUUAAAUUUAGAGUUUCUUCAACGAUCUUCAAAAGGCAUAAUCAAUCGAUCCGGACCGUUUUUCCCCAACAUCAAAGUGAAAGCUCCAUUUACUGCCCACGCUGACAACAGUCGUAUCAUUCGAAUGGCAUAUAAAUCGGAUGAGAAGUGCGCAAUUUAUCAGUUUCCAUUCAGAGAAAUAAAGAUGAAUGUGGACCAUACUCCCAAUCAAAAGGAAAACAUAGGUGACGUACAUCUAUUUUCUGAAUCAACUGAUGACAUUUCAUCACGGGCGUUGGUGAAUUCGUUGUUCCAGAAUAUGCUUCCACCCAAAUACAUACAGGAAAUUACUGAAACAUUUUUGGAACAUGUCUUUGGUGGUAGUCCAUAUUUGGCACUGCAUUGGAGAUAUGACAAAGAAGAUUUCGGCAAAUUCAUGUGCAACAAAGAAGAAGGAACCGGUAAUCAGAAUCAAGCUGAAAUGUGCAAAAAAGUGAACAGAAUUUUGCCCAAAUCUUUGGGAAGAGCAAUGACAGAAUACAUUUCAUACGUAAAUGGAAAAUCUAAAAGUGACGUGCGACAUAUAUACAUAGCAACACCAAAAACCCAAUCAACCCUUCAUUUCCUUCAUGAUCUUACAAAUGAAUUAAUCAGUAAAAACUUGAUAGUCGUUACUCAAGUCGAUUUGGAAAGUUUUGUGGAGAAGUCAGAACUUAUUACGGCUUGUUCCUUUCUGGGAGAAAAUUACAACGAUUUUUCAGCUCUUGUUGAAAUGGAGAUAUGUACUCGCAGUUCGGUAUUUCUGCGUUCAGUUUAUUCUUCGUGGUCCGACAAUAUAGUUCUCAAUCGGGACUUGGCAAACACGGACAAUGCUUUGCGAAGAUUUGAUGUAGCGGCUCUAAAACUUCCAGUAUUAGUAAAUUAGAGAAAAAAGUAUAGAAACAAGAGAAUCUUGUCAAAAACACAGCACGAGCAAAAGCCGAACUAUUUUUGUAUGUAUAGUGCACCUUGUCUUGUCGAUGUGAAAAAUUCGCCUCACUUCUUAACUAUUAAAUAAAUAGCUUCAAAAUGUUCAGUGGUUGAAGAUUGUUGAUGUCAAUAGUUACUAUUUUCAAUAGAAGACUGGAGUAUUUUAUUGAAGAUGCUGGAUUAGAUAGAAUAAUAAGUUCUUUGGCAAAUGUAAAUCUGUCACAAUUCCGCCUCAUGUUCAAAUUAUUCUACAAGAAACUGUAAAGACAUUGCGACUGCGCAAUAUUGUAAAUUUAAUUAUAUAUAAAAUAUUUAAUUUAUAAAAGCGUUUUGUAUUUAUUAAAUGUAUUUAUUUUAUGUACUUCAUAUUACAGUUUUUUUGUGAUUUUGUAGUCAUGCAUUUGUAUCAAAAUAUUGAAAUUCGGAUGUUCAGAUCUUUACAAUAUAAAAUACGCAUAUCCAAAAGUCAGCGUAAUCAACAUGUUGAAAAUUGUAAUUCUGUGAGCAGCUUUUUAUCACAGCUGAUUUUACAGUCGUUUGUUGUUGAAACGUAGGUACUAAUGUAUUUGGAAGUUAUUGUACACGAACUCUAGGGCUAGGCUACAUAUGAACUUUUGUUAUUAUUUUGUUGUUGUUCUUAUUUUACAUUUCCUUGUAAGUAUAUUUCUUUCAUGAAAAAAAUUCGAUUUUUUUU